AUGGGAGGAAGCAGUGAAAGUCCACUUGAAUCGAAGAAAUCCAACUCCAAAACCCCCAAAAAACCAAAAGAAACCGUUCUCAAACAGAAAUCUCCGGCUGAGUUCUUCGCAGAGAACAAGAACAUCGCAGGAUUUGAUAAUCCUGGAAAAUCUCUUUAUACUACUGUUAGAGAAUUGGUGGAGAAUGCACUUGACUCGGCAGAAUCGAUAUCGGAGCUUCCGAUUGUUGAAAUAACUAUCGAGGAGAUAAUUAGAAGUAAAUUCAAUUCUAUGAUUGGUCUUGUUGACCGUGAACGGAUUGAUGCAGCACUAUAUGAUGAUUUUGAAACCGUAAAGGCUCGUGAGAAACGAUUAGCAAAAGAAGCUCGUGCUCAAGAAAUACAAGCAAAAAAUGCUUCCCUUGGAAAGAAAGUUAAAGAUACUCCGGCUUCAAAGGGUAUCAAGGGUCGAGGCGAGGCUUCAUUUUACAGAGUUACAUGCAAGGAUAAUGGAAAAGGAAUGCCACACGAUGACAUCCCAAAUAUGUUUGGUCGAGUUCUAUCCGGGACAAAGUAUGGCUUGAAACAGACUCGGGGAAAGUUUGGUCUUGGUGCGAAGAUGGCACUAAUAUGGUCCAAAAUGAGUACUGGACUUCCUAUUGAGAUCUCUUCAUCGAUGAAAAAGCAAAAUUAUACUUCAUUUUGCAGGCUGGAUAUUGACAUUCACAAGAAUAUUCCUCAUAUACAUUUACAUGAAAAGCGGGAGAACGGACAACAUUGGCAUGGAGCUGAAAUUCAAGUUGUCAUAGAGGGUAAUUGGACAACAUACCGUUCAAAAAUCUUGCAUUACAUGCGACAAAUGGCUGUUAUCACCCCUUAUGCGCAGUUUCAAUUUAAAUUUGUGUCAGAUGCACCCGACAAGAAUGUAACUGUAAGGUUUGCUCGUAGAACAGAUGUAAUGCCACCCAUUCCUUUGGAGACAAAACAUCAUCCAUCAUCUGUUGAUUUGCUGCUAAUUAAAAGACUUAUUACUGAAACUUCAAAACAGAACCUUUUGCAGUUUCUUCAGCACGAAUUUGUAAAUAUCAGUAAACCCCAUGCUGAAAGAUUGAUCGGAGAAAUGGGUCCCGAUUUCAGCUCAAAAAUGGCUGUGAAGUCUCUAACAUCACAACAACUAGUACGCAUUCAUCAGUUGUUUCGUCAAGCCAAAUUUGAUGAUCCCAGUGGUCAUUGUCUUAGCCCUGCUGGCGAAUACAAUCUUCGACUAGGAAUUAUAAAAGAGCUUCAUCCAGACAUGGUCGCAACAUAUUCAGGCAGUGCUCAAGUUUUUGAAGGCCACCCUUUCAUUGUGGAAGCAGGAAUCAGUAUAGGUGGAAAAGAUGUCAAGCAAGGUUUGAAUAUAUUUCGUUUUGCCAAUAGAAUUCCACUACUUUUUGAGCAAGGUGCCGAUGUUGUCACCAGAACUGCACUUAAAAGAAUCAACUGGAAUAAUUACAAGAUUAACCAGGUACAAGACAAGAUUGGUGUCUUUGUAAGCAUUGUGAGCACAAAAAUCCCAUUUAAAGGAACUGGAAAAGAAUACAUUGGAGAUGACAUUACAGAGAUUGCUUCUGCUGUCAAGUCUGCUCUUCAACAGUGUUGUGUCCAAUUAAAAUCCAAGAUUGUGAAAAGGUUGCAGGCUCGUGAGCAGCAGGAAAGAAAACGAAACCUAAGCAGGUAUAUUCCCGAUGCUAGUGGUGCGAUAUACAACGUUUUGAAACAAAUGGCACCAUCAAAUCCAUCAAAGAAGAUUCGUUACGGGGAUGAUCUAGAACUACUAAGUAAAGUCUCUGACAAUUUGGUUACCAAAGAAACAUUCAGCGAAAAGCUUGCUAAACAUGUUGAACAGGUGGAUUACGAAAUGGCAUUGGAGUAUGCGACACAGAGCGGAGUUAGCGAGGAACCCAAGGAAACAAUAUACAUACAAUCAUUGGAAGCUGAAAAUAAGACGAUUGACUUACACACCCCAUUAUUUGUUUUCAGAGUCUUUCAGUAG